AUGGCCAUUUCUUUUGAGCAGAUGCAGCAGCUCCUCCAUCAACAGCAGGUGCAGUUCGAGAGAUCCCAGAAGCAGCUGUUCGACUUAUUCGCACAGAAAUUGAACAUUAAACCAGAAUCCCAAGAUGUUGGCGCACGGAUCUCAGUAGACGCAGUUACAGCAUCCAUUACGGAGUUCAUUUUUGAUGAACCAAACGGAGUAACUUUUGAAUCCUGGUUUAAGAAAUAUGAAGAUAUUUUCCGCAUUGAAUUGGAGGCACAAGAUGAUGCAUGGAAAGUUCGGUUGUUGUUGCGCAAACUCGGUGCAGUCGAACAUGAACGGUACACGAAUUUUGUGCUGCCAAAGAACCCCAGAGACUUUCGCUUCGAUGAGACGGUGACAAUACUGAAGACUAUUUUCGGAAACAUCUCUGUCAGAAGUGCAAACGGCUUGGUCACAAAGAAUCACAUU